GCUUUUCUUACCUGUUUGACCAGCUUCGGCAUUGACCCACAGUCUGUUUCCCUUCAAAUCAAUUUACCCAUAUCGUUUUAAGGCCCAGCUCUGCAAGUUCAAACUUUUUUGGACUCCCACCAGCAAGGUUCAGAGGCUUUUUCGAAUAAUAGCAUUUGCUCCUCUCUCUCUCAGCUUCUUAGCUGACCUACAAUGGCCUCAACUACUGGUGAAUCUUCUCGUAUUCUUCACGAGAUUGAGACCUUGAAAUCUGCCAAGUUCGACUUAGAACGUCGUAUUUCAGCUCUUGAAUCGCAGCUACACAACCUCAAUCAACCCCACAACAAUGGUGUUUCUAAUGCCUCUUCCACUUCACCAUCCACCUUUCCUCAUGGUCUCUCCCCUGAUAUGAUUUACAGAUACAGUCGCCAUCUCCUUCUUCCUUCCUUCGGAGUCCAAGGACAAUUGAGGCUUUCUAAGUCUUCAGUUUUAGUUGUUGGAGCGGGAGGAUUGGGCUCGCCAGCUUUAUUGUAUCUUGCAGCUUCUGGUGUUGGUCGUCUGGGAAUUGUUGACCACGAUGUAGUUGAGCUAAAUAACAUGCAUCGGCAGAUCAUCCAUACCGAGGCAUAUAUUGGCCGGUCAAAAGUAGAAUCUGCUGCUGCUACAUGUCGAUCGAUCAACUCUACUGUCCAGAUCGUUGAGCACAAAGAAGCUCUUCGCACAUCAAACGCUUUAGAAAUCUUUAGCAAAUACGAUAUUAUAGUAGAUGCCACAGAUAAUGCUCCAAGCCGGUACAUGAUUAGUGAUUGUUGUGUGGUUCUGGGAAAGCCUCUUGUGUCUGGUGCAGCUCUUGGUUUGGAGGGGCAGCUCACAGUUUACAAUUACAAUGGAGGCCCGUGCUACCGAUGCCUGUUUCCAACUCCGCCACCAACAACAGCGUGCCAAAGGUGUGCUGACAGUGGUGUUCUAGGAGUAGUUCCUGGGAUCAUUGGUUGUCUCCAAGCCUUGGAGGCCAUAAAAAUUGCAAGUGCGGUUGGUGAUCCACUUUCAGGACGGAUGCUUCUGUUUGAUGCGUUAGCAGCGAGGAUCAGAAUUGUCAAGAUUCGUGGAAGGUCGGUGCAAUGUGAAGUAUGUGGAGAAAAUUCUGAAUUCAAAGCAGCACAAUUUCAAGAAUUUGACUAUGAAAAGUUCACUCAGUCUCCAUUAUCUACGUCUCCUCUGAAGUUAAAACUACUAGAGCCAAACUCAAGAAUAAGCGCCAGAGAAUACAGAGACCGACUUCAUAGCAACGAAUCACACGUGCUUGUGGAUGUCCGUCCCGAGCACCAUUUCAAGAUUGUUUCUCUUCCCAACUCCCUUAACAUCCCGCUGGCGAGUUUGGACGGAAGGCUGGAAGAAGUGGUAUCAGCAUUGAAGGAAGAGGAGCAUAAACAUAAACAGAAGUCAAAGUCGUCCUCCAAUGGUGAUGUUGAAUUAUACGUUGUCUGUAGGAGAGGGAAUGAUUCUCAAAGAGCCGUGAAGUACCUCCAAGAGAAUGGGUACCCUUCAGCUAAGGAUAUCAUUGGUGGAUUGGAGGGUUGGGCCCAGGAGGUAGACCCCACUUUCCCUUCCUAUUAAUUUGGUGUUUGUUUGUAUAUUUUAAUUUUCCCCAUUCAACAUUUCCCCUUUACUACUUUGUCAUUCACUCAUUAGCCAUACUGUAUAAUGUGGGAUCCAAUUAUUGACUUAGAGAGAGAUACUACAUGUAACUAAUUGUUAUUCUUGAUUAUUAUUUCAAGUUUUGUUUAAUUA